AUGGCCCACAGACAUGGGCAGGAACAAGGCCAUAGCAAACUGGAACUUCCAGAUUAUAAACAAUGGAAGACAGAAGGAAAACCAUUAGAAACUGUCCAGGAGAAGCUGGCUGCGGACCCAUAGGGCCGCAAUGAAGCUUGGAGAUACACCCGUGCUUUUGCAAACAAUGUUUCCUUUGUUGGUGCAUUAUUAAAAGAAUUCAAAUGGGGAUUUGCUGCAUUUGUGGUAGCUACAGGAGCUGAAUAUUACCUGGAGUCCAAGAAUAAAGAUAAGAAGCAUCACUGAAGAUAAUACCUGGAAAUAUCUUAAAGGCUUCUUAAAUCUCUUAUAAAAA